AUGGCUCCACCAUCACGUUCAUCAACUUCAUCAUCAAACAAAUCAGUGGCAGCUAAUCCACCAAAGAAGGUGAAAAAAUCUUCAAUUCAAGGAGAACGUUUACAAAGUUCCGAUAAUAUUACAAGCUCAAUUUUAUCAUGUUUUACAAUUUCCGAAGUAUUAAAUGAUUAUUCAUUAAUUUCCAAGAGAUUUUAUCAAACAAGUAAAAGUGAAAAGUUUUGGUCUGAAUAUAACAUUUGGGCACAAAUUGAAGAUCCACCUAAAAUGUUCUAUGCCAAUCUUUAUAUGAAAUGUUUUGGUACUAAAUGGACAAAUUUAACAUUAUCUAAUGAAGCUUUAUUAUCUGAAGCUUUUCAAAGAAAGAAUAAUCAACCAUUGCCAAGUUUUUCAUCUUUGAAAUCAUUGACAGUUGAAUGGGAAUUUGAGGAUCAAGUUGAGGAAAAUGAAAAUGAAACAAUUUUGACUAAUUUAAUUGAUUUGAUUUCUAAUAAUCCAACUAUUAGAGAAUUUAAUUUAAAGAUUGUUGGUGAUCUCAUUCCAAAUUUGAAAUCAAAUACCAUGUUAAAAGAUUUAGAAAAUAAGGCAAAGGAAGGAACUUUCAAUUUCACAAAAGUUCAAGUUAGUAUUGGUGGUCCAUUAGAAGAAGAAAGAAAGAAUUUUGUUUCUCAAUUUAUUGCACAUACUUUGAAUUUGUGUUCUGAAACUGUUGAAUCAUUGACUAUUAGAUCUAUUAAUGGUAUUGACGCAUUGAAUUAUUUACAAAAGAUUAGUUAUUCCAAUUUGAAACAUUUCGAUAUUAAACUUGUUGAAAGAAAUGAAUCAACAAAGGAAAUGAAUGAAGCUGUUAAGGAAGUAAUUGUUAAUAAUGCUGAUCACUUGGAAUAUAUUCAAUUAUUUAAUGAUGAAAGAAUUGAUAUUAUUGCACUCACUAAUACUAUUAUGGAUUUAUCAAAGAAUAACAAAUUGCAAAAUUUAAAGACUUUGAUUAUUGGUGGUACUGAAUUGAAGAAAGCAACCAAUUCAAUUGUUUCAUGUGAAAAUGCUCUUCCAAACCUGGAAAAUCUUACUGUUAAGGAUGUUAAAGCUGGUAAAUGGUUGGAAUCUCUCUUGAAAUCUACUGUUACUUCAUCAAAGAAACUCAAGACUCUCAAGUUGGGUAGUAUUUCUCCAGAGGAAGAAAAGGGUUAUCUUGAUUCUGCUAUUGAAAAUCUUAUCAUUCCACAAUCAUUGAGAAAUUUGUCUUUCAAGAGAACACCAGUUUCUGAUAAUACCCUCAGAAAGAUUUUCUCAAAACCUUUGCCUAAUCUUACAUCACUUGCUUUUGGUACUGAAGAUCUUAAUUAUUUUUAUUUGGAAGAUGCUAAAAUCAAUCAUGAAACUCUUGAACAUAUUGUGAAACUUUGUCCAAAUUUGGAAAAUUUGUGGAUUAGUGAUUCAAAGAUUAAUCGUUUAUUCACAAUUCUUGCUGAAAACACACCUAAUUUGAUCAAUUUAAUGUAUUUAUGCCCAGAAAUUAGAGGAAAGGAAUUAGUUUCCUCAGACUGUAAGAAAGUUUUGGAUAAUUUAGUUUCUUUUGAUUUAUUUAUUGGCUGUAGUAAUGAUGAAUUGGCUAAAAUACUCAACUAUACACCAAACUUGCUUGUACUUUCAAUGUCAUCUAAAAAUUUAUCUGGACAAGUAAUGGAAGUUAUUUCUGAAGCUAAAUGUGUCUCAAAGAUUUCUGAAAUUCUUCUCAAUGAUUUGUUCUAUAAUGAUCAGCCACCAUGUAUUUGUGAUGCUGAACUUAGCGAGUUGAAACACCAAAAUUUCAAGAUUGCCAAUGUUUUCAAAAAGUUACAAGCUCUUGAUUUCAGUAUUGGACAUCAUUUAAUUUCUCUUAAAUUAUUGACUACAAUUUUAUGUUAUUGUCCAGCAUUGGAAGAUGUUAACAUUAAUGGAAGGAAUCCUCUUGAAGGAAUUGAUUCAGAAAACUUGUGUUAUAAGGAAAUGGAAGAACUCAUUGCCACUGUAAUGAAGAAGUCUAAGAAGCAAGAUGAAAUUGAUGAAUUUACUUUCAUUGAAGCAAUUACAAUUCCAAGAAUUAUUGAGCAACUCAAAGUUUCUAGAAAACUUUCAGAUAAAACAACCGAGAAUUUGAUUGACCAAUCUGUUGCUCUGGUGAGUGGAGAAUUUGCAGAAAGAGUUGAAUAUCAAGCUCUCAGUUUACUUCACCAUUUAUUAUUGAGCGUUUUGCAACCAAGUGAAGGAGAAGAUGGAGAAGAAGAGGAUGAAGAAUGGGAAGAUGAUGAAUAAAUCUUAAGUAAUAAUUU